UUACCUGAACAGGUUUUGCUCGCGACCCCUUCCCCACUAAGCAAACCCCAUCGCGUGUAGCUAGGGUUGCCGCCGCCGUCGCCGUCGCAGCUGCCGCCUCCGCAUCAGCCCAUCCCAGCUCCUCCAGCGCCGCCCGCCAUUGGACAAGGCGUCCUCCUCAGAUCCGCCUCUCCCCCCAAACCUUCUGGUCUUCACGUUCCACCAUGCCGCCAUGAUGGUUGCAGAGGAGGGGCGGAAGGGGAUGGCAUCGAGGUUCUGACGGCGACCCUAGCUCGAGGUGGGGAGUCGACUAUGUGCGGUGCCCCGUCCAUGAACUUGUUGAUUUUGUGGGUUUUCACGGACCUGCUGAUGGGCAAGAUGGAGCUGGUCUCUGAGCAGCCAUUGGUUGCGACCAUGAGGUUGGGAACGUGCUAUCCAAGGACGCGAAAGCCCAGAUUGUUCCUCCGGCCACUGCACCGCAGCCCUGGAGUCUAAGCCUGCAGUGGCACCACCAGUCCCUCCUCUCUGUCUUUCUCCCGUACUGCCAUCGUAACAAACUGCCUCUUGUGUUCGUUGAUUUGCAGGCUUACUGGUAUUGGUUUGGUUUGAAGGGCUCUUCAAUCCUAAGAUCUUUCUGGAAUAAUUGAGUUGUUGAAUCUGAAGGUUGCCGAGGAGGUUGAUUUCUUGCAGGUGGUGUAAAACUGCAUUCUCCUACAGAUGAUUUUGCCUAUUCGAUGGAUUAAAGGAUUACAAUGGCGAGUAAUCAACAACGAUGACCAUGCUGGUAUGUACUUUGUGUGAGAGGAUAAGAUGGGCAUGGCGACAUGGAUCAUGGUAGUUGGUUGUGCUGGAUCACUUUUUGAUGCUUUUAUCUUUCCAUACUAUCUCCAGAUGGACUAUGCCCUUAAGUUUCCCUUCUAUACAAUGCUCGAAUGUCUAGACCACAAGAGGAACAUCAAACCUUCUGAUGCUAGUGGUUCCCACAUCCUGAAGACACAAUGCUUGCCAUAUGGUCUCAACCAAGAACUUUUUUCUUUGGCUGUUGAAGAUUUCACAUUCUCUAAAUCUAUCCACCAGGAUGAACUUCUGCAUCUUGAUAGCACUGGAAUUUGUACGUCUUUGCAAGGUCAGAAACUAGAGAUUUAUUAUGCAGCCAGGCAAGCUGUUGAAACAAUCUGCACAACUCUUCAAGCACCAAGUUCGCAAAAGAAAUGGAGAACCACAUGCUUACUUGCAAUGUGCAAGGAAUUGCAGUUGCUCACUACGGAGCAAUUAUUUGGGAAAGAAAUUCUGUGCUUCCAUGUUAGACAGUGUGAAGAGCUACUAUUUCCUCCGUUCAAACUGAAAUUCGCCCACGACUUCAAGAUUCUGAAGCAAUUAGGUCAAGGGUCUGAGGGGGAAGUCUCCAAAUGCUCAUCGAACUUUAGUGACUUCAAAUGUGCGGUAAAAGAAGUUGUGCCCUCAAAUUUUCUGAUUGAUGCAAGUACAACUAAAAAGCAUUCUGAGCCCAGCGAGGUUACACUGAUGGUAAAACUGAACCACGGUAAUAUUGUGAAGAUGUUCCUGUCUUGGAACGAAACUGGGAGUAACUUCAUGGGCCUUCCAUCAGAUGCAACAUUCAUAUGCAUGAUGUUGUCUGCGAGGACACUGUCGUACUAUCUUGAUCAAAGAUCAAUAAUUGAGUUGGACACAGUCAACAAUUUAUUUCUGCAAAUCAUGAUGGGCCUGGAGCACAUCCACAAGCAGAAUGUGGUUCAUCAUGAUUUGAACCUGGAAAUAUCUUGAUAGAUGACGAUUUGUCUUUGAAGAUUGCUGACUAUGGAAUAGCUGCUAUUAAAGAUUUGCCAAACUCCAAACUUGAUCCUGAUAAUAUUGGGAGUUUUCCGUACGCUGCGCCAGAGCUGAAUGAUGCCCACGAAUUGCAUGAUGAGAAGGCCGAUAUUUUUUCUUGUGGGAUCAUAUAUUUUGAGAUGUGCACCUUGUAUCCACGGAAAAGAAAAGCGGAGGAGUUCAGUAGGUGUGUCAGAAGAGUGAUAGCGUCAUGGGCGCCGUGGCUUAAGUUUGAUCUUGAUGCUGCCCUUGAAAAACUGAACUUCUAGAUGGAUUUAUUGGGGAUUUUGUUCUCUUGAAGAUGAUGCUCCACCCUGAUGAUGCAAAGAGACCUUCUGCUACACAGAUAUUGGAUGUAUUGUCAGGUACUCCCUCCGUCCGAAAAUAGUUGUCAUCAAAAUGGAUAAAAGGGUUGUAUCUAGAACUAAAAUGCGUCUAGAUACAUCACCUUUUGUUCAUCUUGAUGACAAGUAUUUCCGGACGGAGGGAGUACUAAUACAGCAGAGUCUUUGGAAAGGAAUUGAUUCGUCUCUGUUUUUAGGGCAGUCUAGAUAGCAGCAGGAGUUUCACAAUGCACGGGAUGACAACUACAGACAUGGCAAGAGUUUUAGAACAAAUUUGGUGCAGACAAACCUGCAAGGAAAUGUCAGUUAGUGUCCGAUGAAACGAAGCAUCUACUCCCUCCGUUCCCAAAUAUAAGUCUUUUUAGAGAUUCCAACAAAUGACUACAUACAGAGUAAAAUGAAUGAAUCUACAUUCUAAAAUAUGUCUACAUACAUCUAUAUGUUGUAGUCCAUUUGAAAUGUCUAAAAAGACUUACAUUUAGGAACGGAGGGAGUACUUCGCAAGUUUUCUACUAUCUGCACAAGUGGGAACUUUGCAGAUGCUUUCCAUUCUGCAACUUGUGGUUUUCUGCC